CGCAAGCGCGCGCGGCGGGGUUUCCCCACCCCCAAUUGUGGGGACGUCACGGCGGGAGGCUGGCUCGGGUGAUUUGUGACGCGCUUGUAAUCGGGGGAUUACGGUAGGUAACUGGGGAACGGGCAGCCGCUUGAGCGCCGCGUGGAGAGAAGAGCUUUCCAAGACGGGGCUCCAGCUGCAGCAGCAUUUGCCCUCUCUUUAAGAGUCUCUGCCCAUCGAGCUCAAAGAAUUUUUCCGUUCCUUGGCCUCCACAUCCCCCGCCCGUUUAUCAUUGAACGUGUGAAGCGAGGAACACUUCCGAUUUUGCGCGUGUGUGUAUCCCCUGUUUCGGAUAUUCCAUAAGGCUCUCCCUUAGAAUGGAGCACGUGGGCAAGCAGGAUUCGAACACUAUCCCCUCCUGUGAUUUUUCAGCAGAGCAUAGCCUCUCCGUGAAUUUGUCCAGUCCUCUUUUAAAGCCAUCUAAGUUGGUGGCCAUCACUGUCUCAUGCGGGAGCGAGUUCCACACUUCAGCUAUGUGCUGCAUAAAUAAGUCAUUUCUUUUAUCUAUCCUGAUCCUUCCAACAUUCAGCUUCGUUGGAUUCCCAUGAAUUCCAGUGUUAUGAGAGAGGAGGCAAAACUUCUCUGUACAGUAUCCACUUUCCGCAGCCCAUGCAUGAUAUUAUAAACUUCUGUCUCUUUACUCGCCUUGUCUCUGAACUAAAAAUGCCCAAACGCUGCAACCUUUCUUCACAGGGGGUUAUUCCAUCCCCUUGAUCACUUUGGUUUCCCUUUCCUGGACCUUUUGCAAUUCUACAAUAUCCUUUUUGAGGUGAGAUGACUCAAAAUUUGGGUCACACCAGAGAUUUGUAUAAUCACAUCUUUAUGUCUGCAGUUUUAUUUUCCGUUCCUAUCCUCAUGAUUGGAUUGAACUGACCUUCAAAACACACUGAGUGCACAAUUAAUUUUUAUUUUUCCUAAAAAAAUUAAAAAAAAGUAUUUCAAUUCAACUUCUCUUGGCUACCGGCAAAACUUUCAGACGUUUUUACUGCCUGUAAAAUUAACACAGCGUAGCCUUUUCUUAAAAGCUCAAUUUACUGAAUGUAAGUCAAGCGCGCCAGAUCAGAUCUCUCGUCGAUCUCGGGGCAAAGGUGUGUUCCUAGUUAUGAUGGUGCUUGGAAGAUUGGAAGCAUCCAGCGAAAAGAGUGGCAAACUUAGCGAGUCAGAUACGAUUCUGGUCUAAAGGUUAACAGCAGUGAAUAUUUAAUCCUGGGAAGGAAGAGAAGCCAGAAGGAGACAAGGGAUUCUUUCUUUGCUGGGGUGGGGGGUGGGUUUUCAGCCUCUGCAAGGGGGAUCCGGCCUUUGGAGCAGCAACUGCGGGGGCGGGGCGGGGACAGGAUCCCUGCGCCCAGGUGAGUCAAAGGACAGAAGGUGUAGACGGAAAAGAAUCACGAUUCCUGGAGAAUGCAGGAGGGGGUGGGGCUCUUGUACUCGGGUUUUGCUUGCAGGUUUCCCCACAAGCAUUUAUUUGGCCACUGUGGGAACAGGAUCAUUGGCCCUGAUCCAGCAGACUCUUCUUAUGUCCUCGAGCUAAGAGCUAGUGAGAAACCUACUGAGUAACACGCAAGAGUUAAUAAGGCAACUGGUUAAUUCAUCAAGAUUCUUACUCUUACACUUCAGUUUUUAUCCCAUCCUUCCUCCAUAGAGAUUCCCCUCCCCAAAAAUGAUUUAAAAAAUAAUAAUGAAGCAACCCUGUAAGGUAGUUAGGCUGCAAGACAGCAGUUUCCAGCAACUGGUAUUUGGAAGUACAGUGGUACUUCGGGUUAAGUACUUAAUUUGUUACGGAGGUCCGUUCUUAACCUGAAACUGUUCUUAACCUGAAGCACCACUUUAGCUAAUGGGGCCUCCUGCUGCCGCCGCACCGCUGAAGCACAAUUUCUGUUCUCAUCCUGAAGCAAAGUUCUUAACCUGAGGUACUAUUUCUGGGUUAGCGGAGUCUGUAACCUGAAGCGUAUGUAACCCGAGGUACCACUGUAUUUCUGCCUUCAACUGCAGAGGCAGAGCAUAGCCAUGGUGGCUAGGAGCCCUCUCCUCCUCCAUGAAUUUGUCCCAACCUCUUCUGAAGUGGCUGUCUUGUGGGAGUGAGUUCCACAGAUUAACUACGCUCUGUGUGAAGGAAGGCUCUGUUUUAUCUGUCCCUGCCUGAACCUCCCAACAUUCAUUGGAUGCCCACAACCUCUAGUGUUAUGAGAAAAGGAGAAAACCUUUUCUCUGCCCCCUUUUCUACAUGCUGUGAAUAAUUUUACAAAUCGUGCCAUCUCCUGCUUGCCUUUUCCCCAAACAAGAGAGUCCCAAGUGCCGCAGCUUUAUCUCGUAGGGGAAUGGCUCCAUCCCCUUGAUGGUUUGGGCUGCCAUUUUCUGAUCUCCCCCCACUCCCAGCUCUACAAUAUCCUUCUUGGUGUGGGGUGACCGAAAGAGUGUGAAGAGGUUGUCCUCCCCACUUCUGUUGCUGCUGUGGGGCUGUUGCAGGAGCCAUGCCUCUGGGUCCCAGCACAGCACCCUGGCCAGUUCAGCCCAGAUUGCAUGGUUAAUGGUCCAUCUCAAGUGGGUGGGUGGGUAGGAGAGCGUGUGUCCCUGUGGUGCGCAUUUGGUUAAAGAUUAAGACAACUCAACCAGUGCAUUCCCUUUGACCAGAUUUUGCCCCCCCAUCCCUCUGCGAUGCACCCAGACUUCCAGAAUCUUUUCCGAUGUCCGGUGCAGAAUUUGCUGCAGGAUGGAUUUCUGGUAAGAUCUGAACUCCUUCUUCCCUUUACACACACACACACACACACACACACACACACACACACACACAUUGAGGUGGGGGGCUUUGUUGUAGGGACACAUCCCUAUUUCAGCAUGGAAGACCGUAUGAUCCAGUGGGGUGGUAUGUGUGUGUGUGUAGAAGAAUAGAAUCAUAGUUAUAGGGUUGGAAGGGUUCUCAUCUAGUCUAACCUGCUGCAAUGUCGGAAUAUGCGGGUGGCCCAUAUGGGGAUCGAACCCGUGACCUUGGCGUUAUCAGCGCCACACUUUAACCGACGGAGCUGUUGCAGAAGUGGCUGGAAUGUCAGACGAAAGACCCAGGAUUGGCAGCAUCGAUCCAACCCCACAACGCUCCCCGGCUGGCCUUGAUCCAGUCCCCCUCUGAGCCUGAGCCGCCUCACAGGGUUGCUAGGAGGGGGAACUCCCCCCCCCCCAUAUACACACGCUGCCCUAAACUCACUUAGAAAAAGAGUGGGGUAAAAAUGCAAUGACUAAGUGAAAGAAAAUAGGAUCGGGUUGGGGGAGGACAAGAGAAGUUGUCUUUUGCUGCUCCCAGCUUCUCACAACUUGGCCCUUGUUUCCUCACCACAACCCUUUGGAGCAGGCCGUUUUUCCUUUCUGGUUUGCAGACAAGGGAAAUGAAACCGAGAGUGACUUAGCUUUCCGUGGCUGCUCAGAGACUUUUUUUCAGAAGCAACACGUCAACCCUGCCCCUCUCUCUCCCCAAGCCAGCCUAGCGCCUUUUCACCCUAACAGCGACCCCACUAAUUCCCCCUUUUUAAUUUUUAUUUUGCUACAGGGGCAGCAGGGCUGGUUCUGGGGCACCCAGUCGACACGGUGAAGGUGAUUUCUUUGGGGGGAGGGGGCUGGAAAUGCUUAAGGCAGGGGAGGGGUGGGGAGGACUUCCAGCCCUGGGGGAGGCCUGAAGGAGAUGGGUCUCAGAUGGGAGGGAGGGAGAUGGUAGCCAGAAGGGUUGGGGAGGUGCAUGCCCAAAGAGGUCAGCUGCUUUAGAGGCUCUGUGCUAGCUGCAACUGUUGCAUAGCAUGCAACGGGCACUGAAUCCACACGGGGCUCUGGACAGAGCAGCAUGCUGGGUUGCGGCAGAGAACCUCAUCCCCAACAAAGUUCUUUUCUCCCCAGAGGGAUUGGUGGCCAGUGGAGUUUUGUGAGGAAGCAGAAACUGGCGUGUUCACUGGGGUUGUGGGACCCUGGCUUAGUUGUCGAGUCCAUGUGUCGCAUGGACAAGGUCCCAGACUCAGCCUCUCCAGUUACCAGUGGAUGGGAAAGAGCCUUCCAGGGCUGCCUUAUACUGAGCCAGACCAUUGGUUAAUCUAGUUCAGUAUUGGCUACUUUAUGGGCUACUUUUAAAAUGAGGAUGCUUUUUAAAAUUGCAUUUUAACCUGUAUUUUAAAUUGGUCCCCCCCCAUUAUUUUUUUACUGUAAUUUUACUGAUGUUAGCCGCCCUGAGCCCGGCUCUGGCCGGGGAGGGCGAGGUAUAAAUAAAAUUUAUUAUUAUUAUUAUUAUUAUUAUUAUUACCUGCACUGACUGGCAGCAGUGGCUGCCCAGGGUUUCAGGUAGUGGACAUUCCCAGAGACUUUGGGGCUGCUAAUUUGGCCCUGAGUUGGGGGCUUUUCUUCCGUUCCAGGUGCGGUUGCAGACACAGGCCAGAUACCAGAACGUUUUGGACUGUGUGGUCAGGACGUACCGUGAGGAAACGGUGAGCCUCUUUCUGUUGUGUGUGCAGUGCAGACUUCACCUCUGAGCUUUCACCUCCUUUUAAAACCCAGCCUAAUCUUAAACCAUUAGAUUUAGACUAAGGUCUUUUGUAACAGCAUAAUUUUAGAAUGCAAUUUUAACCCCCCAAAAAUCACUUACUGGUAUUCCGAAGAAGGAAAUAUGAUCUGCCCAGUUCUGUGGAACUGUCUGCCACUAGAGAUUUAGCAGGCGCCUUCCGUGCCAACUUUUAAAUGUGUGCUGAAAACAUAUUUAUUCCUCCGGGCCUAUCCAGGCAAUUAAGAACACAUUCUUCUACAGUGGUUAUUUGAUGUCUCUUUUUAACUUUUUAAUGCUUUUUUCUUGUAUGGUUUUAUGUUUGUAUUGCUGUAAACUGCUUUGAUAUAUUGUUAUGACACAGAGGCAUAUGACUAUUUUUAUAGACAAGUACAUAUAAAUAUUUUGCUUUUUAAUAUUAAUAUUCAAUAUUUCCCCCAAAUGCCCAAUUUGGGAAUAAUCUCCACCCCCCCCACCCCAGAAAUAAAUUCCUAAGCUGGUCUGUUUCUUUGCAGUUCGUGCUGCCUCUUGACUCUACAGCCACAUUCCUGAUCCUUGCCUAUCUAAUUUCUUGGGAGAGUUGACAUCAUCACAGGGGCCUGCCCCACAGAUCGCUUGGGAGCGGUGACUUUGCCAGAAGAGAGGGUGGGAGGCAAGGCAUCACCGGAAGAGAAAGACAAGAGAGGACAGAGGCUUUUACAAAAUUUGCAGCUGCUAAUUGAUAUGUAUAGAUGCAAAUUGAGAAAUAAUUGCUAUAAUUUUGAAUACAAGUGUAGCAUAUCUCACCAUAAUGGAGGGGAAUCUGCUGCCAUCAGGAGACCUCCGUGCCUGGAAACUUUGCCCUUGAAACUGAUUUGGACUGGACAACCUUUGCAUUAGAAGAAAAGGAAAGUAGGGCAUAUGUGAUUGUACUCAGCUAAAUUCCAAUACUAGCAGAUCCGUGGAAAUCACUGCACCUGUGUUAGUGAUGCCCAUUCAUUUAAGUGGGUCUAGUCUUGUGUGCGACUAACAUUAGGUGCAACCUCUAGGUACCCAAAACAUUGCUACUCCCCAUGAGUUGCAGGCAGCGGUGGAGGAAGGGGUGUGUGGUGGGUGUGGGCUGCCCCAGGUGUCACCACUGAGGGGUGUGUGUGUGAAAAAAUGCUGGGCAGCACUCACCGCGGAGCCUGCAGCACGCCCAAGCCACGCAUCUCUCCCAGGAGACAUGGGCCGGCUUGGGCGCGCACAGGUUCCGUAUUGCCCAAACGUCUGCCUGCUGCCUCCCCCCCCCCCCCCGCUGUAGGGCGGCUGAGUGGGAGGAGGCAGGCAGACUCCGGAGUCCCUGCGGGCUGGUCCUGCUCCUGGGUGUGCGGCCCCAGGCACCUGAGCGGCUUCCUCCACCGCUGGUUGCAGUCUCUCUUUAGGGUGUUCAUACCCUAGAAAAUGUCCCUGAUGAAAAUAGAUAUGUCCUACUGUACCCCCCCAAUGCUUCUCCUAUGAAAAAUGAGACGUUCGACUCCUAAGGAGAAGCAGGACAUUCCGGUAUGAAAUCAGAAGCCGCGAGGGCUUCUGUAAAUCCGGGGCUGUCACUGGAAAAUAGGGAUACCUGGAGGGUCUGGGUGUUGGAUAAUUGGAAGAGAACCUGACAGUGUAUCCUGACUCACUUUGACCAAAGGCUCAAGCUGGGACUGCUGACCUCCUCUUCCUCCAGUGAGAGCCCCUCCAACCAGGGCUAGUUGGAUCCCACUUGCCAUAAGCUACUCAGCCCUUGCUGAUAAAUUCACCCAAAAGGGGAGAGGUUUGAUUGGGGAGUGGGGCGUCAGAAGGAACCACUGUGCAAGGCGUUUUAACCCCUGCUCUCUAUCUCUCUGGGGACGCGGGUGGCGCUGUGGGUUAAACCACAGAGCCUAGGGCUUGCUGAUCAGAAGGUUGGCGGUUCGAAUCCCUGCAAUGGGGUGAGCUCCCAUUGCUCAGUCCCUGCUCCUGCCAACCUAGCAGCUCGAUAGCACAUCAAAGUGCAAGUAGAUAAAUAGGUUCUGCUCUGGCGGGAAGGUAAACGGCGUUUCCGUGCGCUGCUCUGGUUCGCCAGAAGCGGCUUAGUCAUGCUGGCCACAUGACCCGGAAGCUGUACGCCGGCUCCCUCGGCCAAUAAAGCGAGAUGAGCACCACAACCCCAGAGUCGGUCACAACUGGACCUAAUGGUCAGGGGUCCCUUUAUCUUUUUUUACUCUGGCUAAAUCCCCAGUUUAUUUAUCUGUAGCCCACCUUUUUCUCUUCAAGGUGGCAUACAUGGUCCCCCCCCCUGCAGCCAGCCUCCGGGGCCACCCCCCGCUCAUAGAAGCAUAGGGCUGUGGGGUUGGAAGGGACCCUAAGCGUCAUCUAGACCAACUCCCCCUUGCAGGGCUCACCUGCCUGCUUCUCCCUUGCAGAUCCUUGGCUUCUUCAAAGGCAUGAGCUUCCCGCUGCUCAGCGUGGCCAUGGUGAACUCUGUUGCGUUUGGGGCCUACAGCAACUUCCUGCUCUACCUGUGCGGCACCCACCACCGCGAUCGCAGCGCCAACCCCCCCAGCUACACCCAUGUCUACGCGGCUGGAUGCUUCUCAGGACUGGUGCAGGUAAGGAGCAGGUAGCCCCAGCUGACUUGUCUGGGACUCUGCUCAGUUUGCAUGGUUUUGGGAUCUGCGUGACUUCACGCCCAAGUCCCAAUCAAGGGAAGUCAUAGCACUGCUCUGUUCUGCCUUGGUCAGACCCCACCUGGAGCCCUGUGUCCAGUUCUGGGCACCACAGUUUUAAGAAGGAGAUUGGCAAGCUGGAAGGUGUGCAGCAAAAAUGAUCCAGGGUCUGCAAACCAAGCCUUAGGAGGAACGGUGGAGGGAGUUGAAGAUCUUUAGCAUGGAGAAGAGGAGAUUGAGAGGAGAUAUUAUUUCCAUCUUGAAAUAUCACGCAGAAGGUGGGUUCAAAUUGCAAGAAAGGAGAACCUGACGAAACAUCAGGGAGAACUUUCAGAUAGCGAGAGCCGUUCGAGAGUGGAACGGACUCCAUCAGAAGGUGUUAUAGAUGCAAAUUGAGAAAUAAUUGCUAUAAUUUUGAAUACAAGUGCAACAUACCUCACCGUAAUGGAGGGGAAUCUGCUGCCACCAGGAGACCUCCGUGCCUGGAAACUUUGCCCUUGAAACUGAUUUGGACUGGACAACCUUUGCAUUAGAAGGAAAGUAGGGCAUAUCAGCUAAAUUCUAUUACUAGUAGACCCAUGGAAAUCACUGGACCUGUGUUAGUGAUGCCCAUUCAUUUAAGUGGGUCUACUCUUGAGUGCGACUAACAUUAGGACUCUCCUUUAUUGGAGGUUUUUAAACAGAGGUUGGAUAGUCUUCUGUCAGCUAUUCUUUAGCUGGGAUUCCUGCAUUUCAGGGGGCUGGACUAAAUGCCCCCUUAGGGUUCCAGCUCUACAGGCCUAUGAUUCUAAAACAUCCUCCUUCCAUGUUUUCCCCUGUUCAGCUCUUGAAACAGCCGCACAAUUUCCCCAUUACGACGCUGUUCAGUUGGUUAUGAGCUGUAUCAAUUGCUCAAGCCAUUUCCUUCUCUGGAGGCUGCCCCUCCUCUCUAGGAAUUAAUCUUUUUUUCUUUUUUUCAUUCUAAUUUUACACAUUUUAUUUGAUGCAUGUAUCAAGCCAUAUGAAAGCUGAAGCAUAUGGUCCACAUAAAAGCCACCUUUCUGUAAGAUAAAAUACGUUGUGCGAUAGGCAGAAUAUUAACCUCCUUGUGGGAAUUUACUCUUCAAAUUGGUCAUAACCCAAGACAAAGAGUUCUUUCUCAAAACGACUACUGGGCUCCAUGUCUAACUGACAUGCUCAGGUGCAUUUAAAGUUUUAGAGAAGGUCAUAAAUAUAAGAGAUAAAAUAGCACCCCAUAAUUUCCCCAGACAUUCUUGUUCGCUGAGGUAUCUGCUUACAGGUCCAGUGACAAGCAUAAACUGGAUCCAUCUGGCAAUCUGGGGCUACAAAACCAUAUCGGAGACUAAAUCUGGAACAGAAUUUAAAAGACAAGGGUUCUUGGGGUUUGGAGAACCGUUUCCCAAAAUGCUUGAGCUCUGUAUCACAUCUGCUACCAACUCUCUUCCAUUUUUGGCACAGGAUCAGCAGUUACUAUUUCUGACUUCAUAGAUCUUAUCUAAUUUCAGAGGUGUUAAAGAGGCCACUGCAGUGCUGUUUUUAUACAAUUCUCUUUAAGCACUUCCAAAUCCAAAAGAGAAAGGACAAACUUCUGGAGAAACUUAUCUUUGUAGAUCCUCGAUAAUAUUUUGCACCUUGCGGUGUCACACAACAAUGUGUAUUAAGAUUAUUAUUUUUUACACACCCACAUACCAUUUUUGUCAGUUGGUUAAUUUUGCUUCCUUUUCUCAUUAUGCAUAUUUAAUUUUUAUAGGAAUCAAAGAAUUUUAAGAACACAUUCAUAUAACAAUAGGAACUUAGAAUUGUAGAGUUGGAAGGGACUCCAAGGGCCAUCUAGUCCAACACCCUGCAAUGCAGGAAUCUCAACGUGUUGUCCCCCAUCCAAUUUGAAGCCAUAUUGGACCCUGCUUAGCUUUGCAAAAGUACUAGCAGUUUUCUUGCUGCACCAUGAUAAUGAGCCUUUCAUAGUUUCCCAUGGGAUGUAUGGAUGGGGGUGGAAGUGUGUGCCUUGGACCAGCCUUGGACUAAAUUUUGUGGAAAGUGCCCCCCCCUUCCUGUUCCACUGCAGCCCAUUUCCUUUCUCCCCCCUGUUUAUUCAUUCAUAAUUUUAUUUGUAUGCCACCUUUCCAUAGCUCAAGCCAUGCUCAAAGGUAAAAAAUACACAUAAUUGCAAACAUAACAAAAGUAGUGAUAGACAGUAAAUAAACUGUUCUCUCGCCCUCCAUUCCCUGUGUUGACGCAGGCUGUGGUCCUGGCCCCCGUGGAUCUUGUCAAAGUCCGGCUGCAGAACCAGACCCACCCGUACGGACGCAGAGACCGGCCGGGGGGCCCCCAGCCACAGUACAGGGGUCCAGUGCACUGCGCUGCCAGCUUACUGCGGGAGGAAGGCCCCCGUGGCCUGUUCCGCGGGGUUACGGCGCUGGUGCUUCGCGACACCCCCACCAUGGGCAUGUACUUCCUGAUUUAUGCAGUGUUCUGCAGGGCGUUGACUGCAGAAGCACAGGAGCCAGGUGAGAUACAAAGAGCGCUGGGGGGACCCGGUGGGUGGGCCACCUCUGCACAUCCCCCAAGGCUCUCAGGGAACCUGUUCCUCUGGAAUAUCGGAGAAAGCUGGAGCCGCAGGGGGGACGAGGAGUGUUUGUGAGUGUGUUUUAGUCUGGAGAAAAGGCAAGUAAAAGGCGCUAUGACUGUUGGGAUGUGUCCAAGGGAACGGGGGCAAUUCGCAGGCCCCCAGCUGGCUCCAGCCCACCAGCCGACAGCCGGGCGAACCCCGGUCCUUUGGAACAGCAUUAAACAGCGACUCACAGCUUCAGAAGCCUUCAGAAACUUGAGCACGCCUUAACCAGCAGAGUGAAUAACACGCAACAGAAGUGGCGGACAGAGGCAUAUGUAAAGCAUAUUUACAAGCAGUUUAUUCAGCAUAGUUCAGGACAAAGAAAACAUGUCUGCUCUCUUUCAUGUCCAAGAGCAGGAAGCUUAAGGCAAAAGCUAUGCACAAACGGAAGUUCCCAGCAAACUGUGCUGGAACGUAAACAGACAUGUGACAUACAACAAUCAUGUCUGUUCCUUUUAAGGUGGAAUGGAACCUCAAUAUCCUAACAAUGAUAGAAAAUUAUAAAAAUAUGUAUGGCAUGGAGAAAGCUGGGAGAGAAAACUUUUCCUCCCUCUCUCAGAACAACCAGGAACAUCCAGCAAAGUUGAAUGUUGGACAGUUCAGGACGGGAUGAAAGGGAAAACGUCUUCACGCAGCGCAUAGUUGAACUACGGAACUCCCUGCCACAGGAGGCUACCAACUUGGGUGGCUUCAUAGGAGGAUUAGAAAGAAAUCAUGGAGGAAGGGGAGGCUAUCGAUGGCUACUAGCUGGGAUGGCUAUACUCUGCCGCCACAGUCGGAGGCAGAAAUGCUUCUGAAUACCAGUUGCUGGAAGCCUCAGGGAGGGAGGGAGAGGGCUCUUGUGCUCAGGUCCUGCUUGGGGCAUUCACAGUGGGGCAUCUGGCUGGCCGCUUUGAGAACAGGACGCUGGACUAGAUGGACCCAGCAUCCAGGCUUUUCUUAUGUUCUUAUGGAACCUCCAGGUCCAGAGGCAGCCUAUCUCUAUCUAGAUUCCUAGAUUCUCAGGCUCACUGUGGACUAGAGGGGCUAGCAUUCUUAUGCGUGUGAGGACUGUGAGCUCAGUUCAGCUCCAGGACCCCACACAAACUGCUGGGCUCUCCAAUCCCUUAAUUUCAAGUCCACAUCUUGACCGCCUGGCUACACGCAGUGAAUCUCGGGAUUUUCGUACAAAACAAAAUAGUUCCUUCCGGCCUGACAUCUGCUGCCCUCCCUGUUUUAGGGGGCAUUAUCCCUCCCUCCUGCUUCCUCCUCCACAAGAGAGGCCCCCAACCCAUGCUGUGCUCUUUGCCUGCCUCCCCCCACCCCACCCCAUCCCUUGCAGGCUCUGCCACAGUUCUGCUUGCCGGUGGCUGCGCCGGGACGGUUUCCUGGGCUUUGGCGACCCCGAUGGAUGUGGUGAAGGCUCGUUUGCAAAUGGACGGGGUGAAGCGAGUGGCGUAUCGAGGCAUCCUGGACUGCAUCCUCACCAGUGCCCGGCAGGAGGGCCCGCGGGUGUUCCUAAAAGGGCUGGCCCUGAACAGCCUCCGCGCUUUCCCAGUCAACGCCAUCACCUUCCUGAGCUACGAGACUCUGCUGAAGGUUCUCGGCUGAACCCCCGUUGCAUCCUCAGGAGGGGCUGGCGUUGCCGCCCUUCCGCAUCUUAUUCAGGGCUUUCGCACCAGCAUCUUGCAGCCCAGAGACUUGGGGCAGAGGUGGCGCCUAGCAGGGUGGGUGAGUCCUGGUCCCAAAGAAAGCUCAAAGACAUUGGCCACCUCUGGGCAAACCAUAUAGCAAUUUAGACUCUUGGGCACAUCUGGCACAUUUGAGCAAGUGCUGUGGGCACCGCUGCCUCUGCUCACUGCUAUUCCCCCUCCUCUGGAAAAACAGAAAGAGAGGAAGUGGGUGCACUCGGAGUCAUAGAAUGGUAGAGUUGGAAGGGACCUCCAAGGGGCAUCUAGUCCACCCCCCCGCAAUGCACGAAUCGCAGCUAAAGAAGGCCAUCCAACCUCUGUUUAAAAAACCUCCAGUGAAGGAGAGUCCACCACCUUCUGAGGGAGUCUUUCCCGUUUUCGGGCGCUCUUCCAGUCAGAAAGUUCUUCCCAAUGUUUAGAUGGAAUCUCCUUUCUUGUCGUUUUGAAUCCAUUGGUUCGGACCCUACCGUCUGGAGCGGCAUAAAACAGUCUUGCCCCAUCUUCCAUGGGACAGCCCUUUAGAUAGUUGGAUAUGGUUCUCAUACCAUCUCUCAGUCUCCUCCUGGCUUAGCAUCCUCAACUCCCUCAACGUAGGAGCCUGUAGCACCACUCUUGAACCUUGAAAAGCACAUAGAGCUGAAAGGGGAAGUGGGAAGGAGAGCCACUCUUCCCCACUUCCUCCUUCAACUCUAUGUACUUUUCAGGGAGAAAAGCACACGAGGGUGGGGGCUUAGUCUCAACCUUGCCAACCCACUGCCCCCUCAAAUCUGUAACACUAGGUUAUUAAUGGGCGGUCUACCUACCUGGAUUUUUUUUAAGAUCGCAGCAGUCAUGUAGCCAGCAGCCUUAUCCAGUAUGGUGUAGAGGUUCAGACUGGGACCUGGGAGACGAGGGUUCAAAUCCCCACUCGGCCACAAAGCUCACUGGGUGCUGACCUUGGGCCAGUCACUGCCUCUCGCCUAACCUACCUCGCAGGGUGGUUGCUGUUGUUGAGGAGAAGAACCAUGUAUGCCACCUUGAGCUCCUUGGAGAAACCGGCAGGAUAUAAAUGCAAUGAAAUAAACAAAUAAAAUAUCCCAGAGUGGCCCGUUCUGCCUUGCUAAAACACACCGGAAAAGAGGACACAGCUUUGCCAUAACAUUUGGAUAGAUGUGAA